UCCCCAGCGAUCACAACAUGCUCAAGUUUAGAGCGAUUAAUAUGGAACAAAAGGUGCCAUUUACCCAAAACAAGGUUCUUAGCUGGGACAUAAAUGAUAUGAAGCUUCCACAGGAUUUAGAGAAAAUAGAUUGGUUCCAAGAGUGGCCUGAUUCCUAUGUGAAGCAUAUUUAUAGUUCUGCAGACAAAAAUGCACGAAGACACCUAAGUGGUUGGGCAAUGAGAAACACCAACAAUCAUAACACACGCAUCUUAAAGAAGUCCUGUCUUGGUGUCCUUGUCUGUAGAAAUGAUUGUACAUCAGCAGAUGGCAGAAAAACCUACCUAAGGCCUGCUAUAUGUGACAAAGCACGGCAAAAGCAGCAAAGUAAACUAUGCCCAAAUUGUAAAGGCUCAUUGAAACUAGUGUCGUGCCGUGGCCAUGGUGGAUUUCCAGUUACCAACUUCUGGAGGCAUGAAGGACCAUUCAUAUACUUUCAGACAAAAGGUGUUCAUGACCACCCAAAACCAGAAACCAAACUAGAAUCAGAUGGCAGAAAGCCUGCACACAAAAAGCGCACAUCUGUUGUAUCAACAGCCUCAGAGCUUACAAGAAACAAGAGUAUAACGAAUCCUCUCUCAGGAGCAAUAUGCCAUGAAAACCUACCAGGCAUAGGCCUAAGUCAGCACAGCUGCCCUCCCGUCCUUCACUUAAAUGAUAUGGAAAUGGAUAAACGCAUGCUAAAAAACUAUGUUACUGAAAAUUUUAAUGAUUUGGAGCGGAGCAAAAAUCUUCGAAGUGGCAGUUUAAAUGAGAGUGAAGAGUACAAUGACGGAGAUUGGCUUGCUUCUAUGGAUUUUGAUCUACAAAGUGAUGAAGAUCAGCAGGCUGGAAACACAAAUCAUGAUGUAAAAAAUCCACAUUUCGACUAUAUGGAACCACUUGAAAAUCUCUCCUGGUUAAUGUCACCUAUACAUAACGUCCAGUACCCAAAUACAGAGUCUUCAUUACUUUUCAAUUCUGAUUGUGUUGUCAACAUGAAUGUAGAUGAUGAUUUACCCUCUUUCUACAACCACAAUCAAGAGGAGUCCUACCUGUACAAAUACUGUAGUUCUCAACUAUCUCCACCUUUAUAG